AUGCGAGUAGUCGAAAGCCUGAUUGAGUGUCGUUUUGCUGUAGCUGAUUGGCCAAACCCGUUUCCUAUGAUGGUUGUGAUGAUUGCGACGGAGGAUGAUGGCCCAAGACGUCGAGCACCAGACUCAUUUUGGCAAAAUCACGCAGCUCCGCAGCUUGACGUUGCUGAAAUUGCUCGUGCACGGCCACGCUCGGAUCGGAUCACGCGAUCGGGCCUAGAUUCUGGUGGAGGCUGCAGCAGGAAACGGUUUAGAGUCCAGCAUGACACGGGACCGCCUCGCAUAUUCGGGAAGCAGGGUCCAAUCUGCCAGGCGUCACAACGGUCACUCUACAAGACAGAUGCGGACAAUGCACAUCGCAACGACCGGGGCAAGGUCGACGUCUCUUCCAGCUUGACUCGUGUUCGGCGGGAUCGAUUCCGCCUGUGA